AUGACCACAGGAAUUCUUGAAGUGCUUCUUGUUAAUGCUGAAGGCAUUACACACACAAACCUUGUUGGAACACCUUCCUACUAUGUGGUUAUUGAGUGUGGGACUCAAUCUCAAAGAAGCAAAGUUUCAUCAGGAAAACAUGAGAAACCUUGGUGGAAUGAGAAAUUCUUAUUUGAUUUCUCAUCGUUUGAUUGCAAGAACUCAACCCAUCUUACGUGUAGAAUCAUGGACACAGAACUCUUCACAAAUGGUGGAUUUGUUGGUGAAGCAAAGGUUUACAUAGGUGGAAUAAUCACUGAAGCAGGUGACCAGGGAUAUAUAGAAAUAAAACCAGCUGCAUAUAAUGUGGUCCUUGAAGAUGACACCUACAAAGGACAGAUAAAGAUUGGAUUUAAAUUCAUUGCAAAUAAAGAAAAGUAUGUACAUGUGAUGGGGAAACGAAAAUUCAUUGCUGAGGAGAAAGAACCAAGCCAUUCAAUUUGUGGAUCCAUUUGGAGAGUUUCAUGGUGGAAAAUCUUGUUUUUCUAUAAUAAAAAGAGUCCCAAAUGUAAACAAAAGAGGAAUUAG